AUGGAGAGCUGCAGCAGCAAUGCUUCCACUAAAGUCUUUUUCUUAGUGGGGUUUCCAGCUCUCCAGGAAUUCCAGACCCUCCUCUUCAUUGUGUUCUUACUGUUCUACCUUCUGAUCCUGGUCGGUAAUGCUGUCAUCAUCACUGUGGUUGUGGUCGACCAUACGCUCCACAAACCCAUGUACUUUUUCCUGCUUAAUCUCUCCGUGUUGGACGUGCUCUUCACAACCACCACCAUCCCCAAAAUGCUGAUGAUGUUCCUGGCCAACGCCAAAACCAUCUCGUUCCAGGGCUGUUUUCUGCAGAUGUAUAGUUUUCAUGGGUUGACGGUAACCGAGGCCCUUCUCCUGGUGGUCAUGGCUUACGACCGCUACGAAGCCAUCUGCAACCCCCUUCGUUACUCGGCCAAGAUGACAAGAAGAGUCAACAUCCAGCUGGCAGCGAGCGCCUGGACCACGGCACUGCUAAUACCCGUGCCCGUCAUCAUGCAGACCUCUUGGCUGGCUUACGGGGACACCACCAAGGUUCACCACUGCUUCUGUGACCACCUGGCAGUGGUACAAGCCGCCUGCUCGGAUUUCCGUGCUGAUUUCCAGACCUUCUUGGGGUUCUCCAUCGCUAUGACAGUGUCGGUCGUCCCUCUGUCUCUCGUCACCAUCUCCUACAUCCACAUCAUCCUCUCCGUCCUGAAGAUCCACUCCAAAGAAGGACGCCUGAAGGCUUUUUCAACAUGUUCUUCCCACCUGCUUGUGGUGGUCACUUACUACUUCUCCAUCGCUGUGGCCUACGCGUCCUACAGAGCGGACAUCCCCGUGGACGUCCACGUCAUGAGCAACGUCAUCUUCUCUAUUUUAACCCCCUUGUUAAACCCCAUCAUUUACACUUUACGCAACCAGGAAGUAAAGUCUGCCGUUAAAAAGUUUAUUUUUUUUGAUGUCCAAGUGGAGACCAGCGAUGAGUGGUGCUCCUCAGGGGUCGGUGCUGUGAGCAUCUUCAUCGGCAACACGGAUGAUGGGAUUGAGCGCACCCUCAACGAGUUUGCCACCACCACCGAGCUGUGCAGAGAGGUCAGCACGGAGGCGGUCUCGGCCCGCCCUCCCCUCAGCGCCGCCGGCCCCGACCGGAUCCAACCGGCCGCGACCGGUUUGGGGCCGCCCCGACAUGGCGGAGGGCGGGAAGAGCCGCAGCUACGUCACUGCUGCGCGCCGCCGUCGUGA